UUUGCCAAUAUUCCCACCUGCAUGGCUUCUUUACUUCUUAGCCCAUUCGCUUGGAAGCAAUGUAUUUAUCAGUUCAAUAAGAAAAAUUGACCGAAGCUAGUCCUGAUCUUCUAAGUAUAUCCUCCUGCCUUCUAAGUAGUAUAUUCCAAUGAUCAUGUUCAGUGGUAUAGUCACAGUCGGUGAGCUCUGUCAGGCGUGUUCCCACCUGAGCGCCCAAGGUGGGGCGGUAUGGCGGUCCCUUUUGUCGGCUCGCUGAAUGUUCCGCUCCGAAAACUUUCCACCUCCGUACUCAUGCAUUCGCAGCCCUUACUUAAGGUCGGGAAUUGAAGAUGACAACGGGGCAGAGUUUCAACAACGGUCACCUCCGAGCCCACGAAUCGACAUGACGACACUCCCCACCACGAUCGAAGCGGCCCUCGAGAAAGAAGGCAACGUCAUCAAUCAAGUCUCUUACGGGAUUGCGACUGCAAAGCUCUGCGAUGAGCUUUGGGAACACAGAGAUCGAGUAGAAGCUCUCGUUCGACAUCACAUGGCUCUGGGAAAGCAAGAUAAAUGCAUCGUGUUGUCGCCGGACCACUGGAUUCGAGGUGGCUUUAAUGUCUGCGUCAUGGUCGACGUGCUAUCCAAAAGCUCGUCUAGGAGAGUAGUCUUUCGUUGUCCAAUGCCACACAAACUCGCCGAACUCAAGUAUCCUGGUAGCGUAGACGAGAAGUUAAGCUGUGAAGUGGGAGCGCAUGCAUGGAUUGAAGCGAAGUGCCCGGAGAUUCGCACGCCACACCUUUUUGGAUUUGGUCUGUUAGAUGGUCGCCAUUUCACCCACGCAACACACAUGCCGAUUCUUCCUCGCGUCGUCCGAUACUGCUGGCACUUGAUCCACGACCUGCUCGGACUUCCUUUGCUUUCCUACUACAUCUACAACCAACCAGAGCAGCAGCUACACUCAGCAUAUAUGCUAUUAGAAUAUCUUGGUUCUGAGACGGGGCGGAUGCUUUCAGACACAUUUGAUAUAUAUCGAGGCGAUGGGGCGCGGAGGCGCAGAUUAUUCCAAGGAGUUUCGAGGACAAUGCUUUCUCUCGCGCGUAUCCCGCAGAUGCGGAUUGGUUCGUUCCGAUUCAAUCAAAACGGCACAGUCACGCUGACGAAUCGACCGCUAUCCUGCUCAAUGAUGAUACUGGAGAACGACGACGGGACUAGGACAGUCCAGAAGGACGAGACCUUUGGGUGUACCGACGCCUAUGUAUCCGAUAUGCUUGCAUUUCACGACCAACGGUUUCUUAGCCAGCCAAACGCUGUCUACAGCGAGGAUGAUUGCCGUGAGCAGAUGGCUGUCAAGACGCUACUCAGAGUAUUAUCCCGCGAUUUCAUCAAGAGAGAACUCCGAAACGGUCCUUUUCCACUCCAGCUUACUGACUUCCACGCGAGCAAUAUCCUGGUCGAUGAACAGUGGAAUGUCACUGGCUUGAUAGACUUGGAGUGGAUAUGUGCGCUUCCAUCAGAGAUGGUCACCGUGCCGUACUGGGUGACCGGCUGUGCUAUUGACACAAUUGAAGGCGAGAGCUUCAAACACUUUGACGUAGUCCGACAAGAGUUCAUGGAAAUCUUUCGCAAGGAGGAGCAGGCCACGAAAGCUCCGCCCAGCCACUAUAUCAACCUCUCUAAAAUCAUGCAGGACAUGUGGAAAUCGAAGGGGGUGUGGUUUUGGUAUUGCCUAUCUUCGGUGAAUGCGAUGUAUUUCCUUCUUAGGGCUCAUCUAGUACCACCGACAUUCCUCUCUUCAGAAGCGGAAAGGGUUCUUUCAACGUUCUGGUCUCGAAAUUCGGAGGAGGUUGUUCGAAUGAAACUCGCACAUAGGGGAGAGUACGAAAAGGAGCUUCGGCAGUUGUUCCAUGAUGGAUAAUCGAGGAAGAAGUUCCGGAUUCCGUUUGCAAGCGAGCCUAGCAGAUGCGGGUGGGUUUCGUCUUCAACGCUAGCCUAAUCGCCGCGGCGCGAAGAUUCCCCGUCGUCAUCCCUUCUUCUCUGCAUUCUCCUUCUCCUGCUGUUCCCUCUGUCGCCUGUUGUCGCGUCUUGUCUUUUGGGCACUCUGACCUGAGGAGAUCAGGCUAGCCACCUUACUGGCAGGAAUGUUGACGGCGACGUUUGCAUCCUCAACAACACCGUUGUAUUCUCCCGAAGAAUGACCAUCCUUCUCCUUCUCAGGCAUUUUGUUCUUCGCCCGGGGGAUGUAGUAUUGUUCUUGUUUUGAAAUAAGUACUGUAAAGUAGAAAGAUCAGAUUUAGGAAGGCUCGAAAGGGUUACUGGCACUUGUAACAAGAAAGUGGUUUGUAGCUGGCUAAGAACCCGAUUGCUGCGGGGUUAUCAGGUGACGAAGCGUCCACCUGCUGCCCAAUUGCGCCAUUUUUCCAAGGCAGUCUCACUUUCAUGGCUACACGUCAAUAAGACCCAACUACUGCCCAUUCACGAUCGGGGGGAACUCAGCUCCUCAUCUUGUUUUGAUGAGGUGUCUGUCGGUUACAGUACCGCACGUAUUUUAUACAAAGUAUUCCUGACCAUUACUCUACUUUCCCAAGGACUAGGAGAUCGUGCCCUGACCCCACCUACUGGCGACUACCGGGCCACGUCCAUGUAAUUUGCCGCUGUCUCGUUUGUACUCCCCUCGAAUGACCAGCUAGUCUACAGGGUCAUCCAUACACGGCGGCGUUCACAACUGUCUAUAGAGGACCCUCUUCGAUGUAAGUAUGCCGAGUCUUGCCGCCGUGAUCUUUAGAACAUCAGUGCUUCUGGCAGCCGCGAUUCGCUUGUCAUCGAAGCACUUCUUGGCCUGUAUUUGCCUCAGCAAGCAAUG